CUGUCGGUCUGUUUUCACAAAGCGUCAGUGUGUCACAUGCCUCCACAGACACACCUCACAUGCACUGUUUAAAAGUGCCCACAGACAGACCGACUGACCAAACGGAGUCCAGUUCAGCUGUGAGCCUUCCUCUCCACAACGAUGAUGCAGGCAACAUCAUUACUUGGAGCUCUGCUGGUUCUAGCAGCCUCAGUUUAUGGAGACCCUGAGUUUUAUUUACCUGUCGACUGUGAUGACAUCCAUCGCCAUGACAACACCACCCCCAGUGGGGUGCACAUCAUCUAUCCAGGAGGUCCCACCAUGCCCCUGAGCGUCUACUGCGACAUGGACACUGAUGGAGGAGGAUGGACUGUAUUUCAGAGGAGGAUGGACGGGACUGAAAGCUUCUUCAGACCCUGGAGCCACUACAAGACUGGAUUUGGGAACGUGGCUGGUGAAUAUUGGCUUGGGCUGGAAAACAUCUUCCUGCUGACUGUGAGGAAGAAGAACGAGCUGCGGGUUGACAUGGAGGACUGGGAGGGAAACCAGGCGUUCGCAAAGUACUCCUCCUUCUCCGUCGAUACAGAGAACGCCGGAUAUCAGCUUCACCUGGGAAGCUUUUCAGACGGAGGGGCAGGGGACAGUUUGACAAAUCAAAACAACAUGAAGUUCACCACCUUCGACAAAGAUCAGGAUCAGUGGGACAAAAACUGCGCUCAGCAUUUCCUCGGUGGAUUCUGGUACAACGCCUGCCACAUGAGCAACCCCAACGGCAUGUACGCGCCUCACGGUGCCAUCGGCUUUGAAAACGUCCAUGUCAUUUGGCACGCGUGGAAGGGCUGGAACUACUCCCUCAAGACUGUCGCCAUGAAGAUCAGAUCCGUCGCCACGUGCUCAUGCAAACGUUAAAUGGUUAGCCUAAACGCCUCCUGUGUGGUUAUCACUGAAUUCACCAACAGCAACGUGUACAGCAAAGUGAAAGUACAAUCGGUCACAUUAUUUAAGUUGCACAGACUGAAUGCAUGUGUUGCCUGCUGUGUCUCGUUUAUUCAGUCGCUCAUUUUGCUAUAUUUACGUUGUUAAUUUUUUUUUUUUUUUUUGCAGUAACUGGUUUUGAUAUGACUUAUAUAAAUAAACUUUAUUAUUAUCACAUCA